UUGACAGGUGAGAAACUUGGUAAUCGAUUUGCGUCACAACAUAAGCAUUUUUUCACAAUAAUUUCAGUUGAUUUCACUAUCGGAAGUUUAGAUUCAGUACAAGUUGGUUUCCGGAGAAUCCGCGAACUCCUAACGUGGGUGUCACAGACACCAUGGAGAUUGAUAUACAUCCGUUAACAGAGAACCCAACCUUGGCGUGGAAAGAAAUUUCAAAAACUCAGCGUGUCAUUAAAAUCAACACCAAACCGCCCAGUUCGGACGUUCCCAGUAACAAAGUUCGAGUGGUUUGUAUGUCUGAUACACAUUCGCUGACUCACCACAUAAAAUUUGAUAUACCGGAGGGAGACAUCUUUAUACAUGCAGGUGAUUUUACUCGCUGUGGUAAACUUGAUGAAGUGAUCGAUUUCAAUAACUGGCUAGGGAAAUUGCCACAUAAACACAAGAUUGUCAUUGCCGGUAAUCACGAACUAAGCUUCGAUCAUACGUUUACCCAUCCAUUUCAAAAUAUAAACAACUCUAGCAAAAAGAUGUGUACCAACCUUUUAGACGAGAUUCCGACUUUAGGGAAUUCGAAAGAGAGUCUUGCAGAGGCAGUAAAAACGCAAAACAUUCGACAGUAUUUGAGCAACUGUAUCUACUUACAAGAUGAAUGUAUAGAGUUGUAUGGUCUAAAAAUCUAUGGUACGCCGUGGCAGCCCGAAUUCUGCAAAUGGGCUUUCAACGUAAAACGAGGUAAAGAUUGUCUAGAAAAAUGGGAACAGAUACCGGAUAGUUUGGAUGUUCUGAUUACACAUACACCCCCGGUCGGGCAUGGAGAUCUCUGCUGUUCCGGAGUUCGUGCAGGUUGCGUAGAAUUGCUAGCAACGGUUCAGAAACGGGUUAAACCGCGGUAUCACGUAUUUGGUCACGUUCACGAGGGCUACGGAAUAACAUCAGAUGGCAAAAUUAUUUUCAUCAAUGCAUCAACAUGCGACAUCAAUUAUUUGCCAAAUAAUCAACCGGUAGUUUUUGACGUUUCUUUGCCGAAAGGACAAACCAAAGACGAGACUUAAAAACGUAUUGUAUUAACAGCUAACACUCAAAGUUUUGGCGUAAUGUAUUAUGGCCUAGCAUAGAUUAUCUAAAAUACCAUGACAAUUUUCGACAAGUUUUAGAUUGGCUAGCUUAAGAAGCUUGUCGAAUCGUUUGCAUAGCAAAAUUUUCAUACUUGAUUAUGUAGAAAGUUAAGUAACUAUUUAACUGUAAAAAUAUUCUAGCGUAAUUUAGUAAGACUCGACCGUCGCGGGUUGCAUUCGAGUAUAGAGAUAAAUCGAAAGACCAAUAAUGACAGUCGAGAUGCUCAUUGUAAAGGUUAAAAUUAGUAACUAGUAAAGAUUUAGAAAUAGCUAUGCUCAAAGGUACAAAAGUUCGAUGUUAUCGUCAUAAUCACCAUAAGAAAUUCUUGUUUUUUCGUCGAACCUGUUUGCAAGAAUCAUCAAUACAGUGUGCUGUUCAAGAAUGGAAAUUCAAUUUAUCAUCACUUUGUUCAUAAGCAAUUAAGCUUCUUGAAUACAAAAUUGCAAUUUCGGAUUUUUAUGAUUAUUUUAAUGAACACAAAUGCUUGUCUAUUAAAAAUUUUUUUUAAAGCAUUACAACAUCUUUUGAAACAAUAAAG